ACCAAAGUCAAACAAAGUUACAAUGUACUUCGAGUGUCUGAUCUCAUUGACAAGUUUUGUCCUGCUUUCUGCUGCUCGGAUUCCUGAGCCUGAUGAAAGGAUCGUUGGCGGCUACAAUAUUCCCAUCAAGGAUGUCCCUUGGCAAGUGGCACUGCUAAAUAAUGGUGUACACGACUGCGGUGGCAUCAUAUACAGCGACCGGGUUAUCCUGACUGCAGCCCACUGCCUCGAAGGUGUAAACCUUCAGAAAUUCUGGAUUCGGGCUGGAUCUCCGAUUUGGAGCAAAGGAGGUCAGCUGGUGAAAGUUCAAAAGGCAAUAUCACAUGAGCAAUACAAAAGCAAAUCCCUUCCUAACGACGUUGCUGUGUUAAUUUUGAGGUCACCCCUCAAAUUCGAUGCCAAUGUACAAAAAAUUGCUUUGGCUGAUACAACUCCAAAAGCUGGUACCAUGAGCCUGGUCUCUGGAUGGGGAUAUACAAAGACAAAGGUAACUUCGCCAAUACUUAAAGGCGUCAAUGUAGCAGUCGUGAGUCAAACCGACUGCAAAAAAGCCUACAGUAAUUCUAUAAUUACGAAGGACAUGAUCUGUGCCGGGGCACCUGGAAAGGACGCAUGUACAUUCGAUUCCGGCGGUCCGUUGAUUAGCCUUCCCGAUCGGAAACUAAUUGGCAUAGUUUCAUUUGGCAAGGUUUGUGCUUCUAACAAUCCUGGAGUCUAUGCCGAUGUUGCUUUUUUCCGCAACUGGAUCACUGAUACAAUUAAGAAAAAUAUUUAAUUAAUUUCUGUCGAUCUAUAAAAUAUUAAAUCAAUGUUUCAGAAAAAAAUCAAAUUAAUACAAUUUAUCUUAUGUUUUGAACACUUUUUGCUUUAUUCUUCAAAUGGUUUUUAGUUAUUUGAAA